AUGUCUCGCCAGCUGGGCUUUCUCCGGUUUCGAAGCCUCAACCAUUCCCGCUCCUUUGUGGAGCAGAACUUCCCGACGAUAUAUCUGUGCGGACCUAGUGCGCAGGACGACCGUGGUACCAAGGUGCGCAUUGCGUAUAGCAGGGAGAAAGAAGACCGCGCCAAGGCCAGGGCUGAAGGGGAUUGGACUUGCAAAAUGUGCUCUAUCGUCAAUUAUUCAACUCGCAAUAAGUGUUUCCGGUGUCAAGCCCCACGGCCAGAUGCUGGACCGACCGGCCCUCCAGGCAUAGCUCCACCGAGGGUAAAGAACAACGGCGAUAAUGAUGCUGCGCCGGAAAACCAACCUUCGCAAUUCCUGCUCUUCCGCGGACUCGAAACGUCCGUUACUGAAGAGCUCCUAGCCAAAGGAGUUGCCAAGCUAUACCGGCCGAACACGGAGGGUACUUCAACAAGCCAGAAGAAAGGGGCCAAAGUGGCAUCUACCACUGGUGACGCCAACCUAGGCGCCCGUGAAGGCUCAAUCCGACGCGUUUUGCUGGUCCGGGACCGCAGAAGUAACGAGAGCUGGCGGUAUGGAUUCGCCGAAUUCGCCACAAUUCAAGAUGCUCAAGCGGCUGUUUCACGUCUUCACUCGUUUGAGAAGUUUACCAUCUCGUCCAGACCAGUGAUGGUCACCUACAUCCACGCAGGCGUCUUCGUGCCGGUUAUGAAUCCGAGUGCGAGUAAUGAAAGAUUUACUUUUAGUCCUCUGAGCAACCCAGCCAUGAAGCUCAUGUACUGGGAUGAGGAUGCAUAUGUUACCGAGCUUACGGUAUCAACAGAGGUAGAGCCGCAGCAAGCGCCGAAGACUGAGAAACCGGCGGGCCAGACGGACGUCAAAGCCAAAGAUGCCGCUGACAAGGCGAAGAAGCGAAAGGCCGAUGCUGCAUCCAGCGCCUCAGGGGCGAAAAAAAUGGCUAUGCCAUCACAUCUGCAAUUCUGGAGCAACCGUCAUGCGGAAUUGCAUGGCAUCAAGAAGGACACUGACGAUAAAGGAUCUGAUGACCAGGCUUCGUCUGAUACGGCUGCAGCUCCGCCUCGCCAGUCGUACGCCGACCCAAACAGGAACUGCUGCUACCUCUGUAUGCGACAAUUCAAGACGACGGCAGAGGUCAACCGCCACGAGCGUCAGAGUCAACUUCACCGCGGCAACCUACAGAACGACGAAGUCGUCACCAGAGCUACAAACAAACUCAUAAAACAUGGUAUCAUCCCGCAACCGCCCGAAUACAGAGACCGCGCCCGCGAGCGUCGCCAGGCCUUCGGCCGGUCGAAGAACGCAACGACCAAACCCGCUCCGCCGCCAGAACGCGAGCCGUCGCCGCCAGUGGAAGCGGCAUCCAAGGGCGCCUCAUUACUCAGCAAGAUGGGCUGGUCGGCUGGCACAGGCCUGGGCGCACAAGGCACGGGGAUGACAGCACCCAUCACAACAGAAGUCUACGCACAGGGCGUCGGAUUGGGAGCACAAGGCGGCAAGCUCGGCGAAGCGAGCGAGGAGGCAGCCCGCAACACUCGCAACAGGUACGACGAGUUCCUGGAAAAGACAAGACAGACAGCACGGAACCGGUACGAACAACUGGGCAAGUGA